AUGGCGCGUCAGCAGAAAGUUGCUAGGUCGAUAGUCUAUGCUAUUCUCGAGAACAAUAGAGCGAAGGUGCGAUCGCUGCUUGUACGGAUUCUUGCGGCCAUCGCAUAUUUCUUUGCGCUUUACCAAUUAUCGUUGACUAAACAUCGCAAUGAUCUCUUCGAAAAACUACGCGAACAGUGGCAGGUGGAUGACGAAGACUACAAAGAUAGCUUUAGUCAGAGAAAUGGCUUGAAAUCGAAUGGCGAUAUGGGGUUUUCCGGAAGCGUAAGCAGAUUGUCUACUGUGCGAGAGCAGCAUACUAAGCAAUACGCANNGACCUUCUACACGACUGGAGACGGAGCAUAUCUAGUGAAAAGUGUCCCUCGAGGGUUCGAGCAUUCAUUNUUCCGUGACGAAUUCCUGGAACCUUACUACAACCACAUGAUUGAACACACCAAGUCAUUGCUCAUCCGGAUUACUGACUUUCUCGAAUGGUCACGCUUCGGCAUAGGCGGCCUGCUUGGUACUGCACCAACUCAUCAUAUCAUCAUGGAGAACCUCUUAAUCGGCAAGGACAAGGAUGACACGUCGAAAUGGGAGACCUGGGACCUGAAACCUACGUCGUACUUUUUCCCCGAGCGAGACAUCGCAAAUGGCAAGCUGACCUCUGACGCCACUAAAGACCGUUUAGCAGACAAGUUCGAGGACAAGAUAGUCCUGACUCAGUCCCAGGCUGAUGAUCUCUUUGAACAACUUUCGGAAGAUACCGAGUUGCUCAAACAGUGCAAUGCUGUCGACUAUUCGCUGUUCUUGGUCAGAAUUCCGCUUAGCAGUACCGACGAUACGUCUGCACGCCAAAGCCAGGAGGCAGCCAUCCAACAAUCGAAGAGACCUCCGUUUGUGCCACCAACAAAUUCCUGGCGUACCGGAGUGUAUUCCGCUGAUCAGAAGUUUGUGUUUCGUGCUGCCAUCCUCGACUUCUUCUGGGCUAAGCACAAGCUGCAACCAAGGGUCAUGACAUGGUUGAUCAAAGCAUGGAACCUUGUUGAUCGUCAAGGACAUAUGAGCAUCACCACCACUUCAGAGGAAUAUCGUCAGAGAUUUCUUUCGAUGUGUCAUGAGAUGGUCGAGAUUAAGAGCUAG